CCUGUUGUGCACAGCUGGUAUUACAAGAAGCCUUAAGCGAGACGCCCUCAUAUUCAGUGCUCUAUAGCCUGAGUAGCUUUUGCGCCUUCAACAACCAAAUUGCCAUCAUCUUCCAUGCGAACAUGUUUGGAGCAUUGUUCUUGCAAACCCUUGUAUUCUCUGCGUGGACAAUAAUUUCCUGCGCCGGAAGCGCCGGAAAGGGCCCUAGAGCAGAGGAGCCUGAGCUCCCUGACAAUGUCAGACUUGGUGUAUUUGUGAUAAUUGAUCCGAGCAUUGGAAACGCUACAAAAGAAGGAUACAUUAAUUACACUUCGGCUCUGCUCGGAGGGGUGAAUAUCAAGCUCCGGAAUGUCAGAAGACGAACAAUUAAGCUUGGGCUGGUCGGCUUGCAUGUCAUGAAUCGAGAAGAGGUCGACAAAUAUCUGCCUCUGAAUAACGACAGUCAUCUAGAUCUGCGUUCAACAUGGGAGGCCCUUAUGAGGUUCAAAGCUACAAUGACGCCGGCAAAUGACAGCGAUAUACUUUACGUUCUAACAGGGAGGAAUAUAUUCUCCACGACGGAGUUGCCGAGAGUUCUAUCGGGAGCGGCUUCCUCGAAAGGAGUGUGCACCGACGACAACAUUGCAGUCGGGAACGACGUUUUUGGGACCUAUUUAGGCAUGAAUGUGUUCACAAAGAACAUGGCACGCAUGUUGGGCGCCUGGUCUCACGAAUGUUAUAAGAAUUUUACCGGCGUUUUUGACGAUUGUCAUCAGAGGCAUCUGUUGUCAACCCUGAGGAGGGCUUGGCCGUAUUGUUUCCGACACAAUACAAUCUCCACGAGCUGGAUGUCAGGACAUCAAGUCCCAGGUGAAUACUUUAACAAUUCAGCGUACUGCGAAGCCAAAAGAAACGAUACCAGAGAGUUCAAAGAAUGUGAGGUCGGCAAAAACAAAAGGCAAGAGUGUUUGCUAUGCUGUUCUCUGACAACAAGCAACAGCGACGUGAGUUAUUACGAUGCACCGGACGGAACAAUAUGUAUCGAUAAUGCAUACGACUCGGAAAAAAUUAGUUGCUUGGAGAAGAAAUGUGAAACACGCCUUUGGAAGAUCAGGAGAGUUGCGAGCCCUGCGUGGAACUCUCCUGUAAAUCUCAACGAAACGACAGGUGGAUAAUAAAGUAUCCUGACCUCCUGAUUGUAUACGCCACAACAGUAGGUAGCAUCGGUA